UAGGGUCACCCCAUCCUGACACAACAGAAGCGAGGGGUUUGAUGAGGGCAGUGCAAUGAGAGAGAGGUCACCCAGGAAGAUGGUAAGCUUUCCUAAAGUGGUGUGUUUUCUGUGACUUCUUGAAGGUCUGGAGGCAAGGGGAAAGUCUGAUGGUACAGGGUAGGGAUCGACCGAUAUUGAUUUAUUUUUUUUAGGGCCGAUAACAAUAAUCUGUGAACUUUCAGGCCGGUAGCCGUUAACUUACCGAUAUUCUGUACAUUUAUCAUAAAAAAAAAUAAAAAAAUAUUUCUACACAAAUUUACAGAUUUUACUAUUAACAUGACGUAAAGUCGUGAUUUUAUUAAUGACACAGAGGCGAGUAUUAUGCUGCACUCUUUCUUUACCUCAGCAGCAAAGAAAAAUAACAUUAAAUCAGUAUAAAAGAAACCAGUAAAUAACAUGAGGUAUAGCUUCCUAGCAACAGGAGCAGCCAAUCAGCAUCCUCUUUAUAGCAUAAUAGGCAGUGUCCAGUAUACUACUUCCUCUUUCUUGCGAUCCCGAACAAGGACAACAAAUCCAAAUAAAAAGUGGGCUCCAAUUAGAGGGUAUACGAGCCUUAAACUGGAUCUCGAAGUCAAGCUGGAAGAGAAAGGAGAAUAUGGUAAUAUCCAAGUAUAAAACUGGAUUUAUGCAUAAAUUCGCAUUACAUGAAAUAUCAGAUAUAUAUAUAUACACAUAACAUGAAAUUCAGUUUAGUCAAACCUUAAGCUCUUGACAGUCAUUAACAAGGAUAAAACCCAGUAAUCAAAAAAGACUUACCGUGAAGUCAACUUACCCAGAGAAGACCAAACCUCCAGGGAUGGGAGGGAGGGAUAAUACUCGCCUCCGUGUCAUUAAUAAAAUCAUGACUUUACGUCAUGUUAAUAGUAAAAUCUGUAAAUUUUAUUAAGACACGGAGGCUCCUAUUAUGCUAGUUCAAAGCUGUGAAAUUAUGUCUGCUGUGAAGUGUUGAAUAGGUCUAAAGUAGAAAUCAUGGAAUGUAGACUCCGAAGACCUGCCGCUCUCAUAAUAUCCUCCAAGCGACAACCAAUCGAGGAAGCCUUAGAAGCCAGUGCCCUACGAACCGAAUGAGGCACAGACACAUAGGUAUCAAUACCUGCUAGAGACAUAACGUAUUUGACCCACCAGGCUAGAGUAGACACCGGAAGACGCGAAAUUUGGAAGGAGAUGAAGAGUUCCUGUUUCAAAGGAUUCUGUAACGUAGUAGAACGAUGUUCACACACACAUUAGUAUGCAACAAGGCAAAGGAGAGCUCUAUCAGGGAAAACUGGGUAAGAUAGAUUUUAGAGGAGGUUUUUGUCCUCCGUGAAAUGUCAAAGAGGACACCUUCUGGAGUAAAGGAACGAGCAACCACUUCAUGAGCUCGUAUGUCAGAAAAACCUCUUGCAAGAAAAAAAUUCAAGACAAUAGAGACGUCCCACAAGACAGAGUAUUAUGGUAAGGGUGAAUGAGUAAACCAUAUUCCUCAGAGAAGUCAAUAUAUGACAGGAUGUCAACCGACAGGCGUCCAAUCAAAACUUUGAUGAUCAGCAGAAAUGGAUGAUCGGUAAGGUCCACAGUGCGAUAGGCUUUACCUUUAUCAUAGAAGUCAGAAAAAUGGAGGACAAACAUAAAAGGAGCCGAUAUGGGAUUUAAAUUUAAUUUCAUACACCAACUAUGCCAUCUGCUCCAAGCAGAUUUAUAAGCCUGUCUCGUGUUGGGUGCACCCUUGAUAAGUUGGGGAGUUGAUUGUGAAACUCCCUUGACCUACCAAGGUUCCUUGAAAUAGACUACAAUAUGAGAUGCAAGAGACCUUGGAGAACAAGAGGAUGAGGUACACCAUCUGGAUCCUGAAGAAGGCACUCGAGAGAUGGAAAGUCGAUAACCAUCUCCUGAAGAGAAGAGAACUAUGGUUGGGACGGCGAUAGAGGAGCCACGAUCAACAGGUGUCGGACUGGUGAUGUAGAUGGAAAGGCAAAAAAUCAUAAUUCCUUGGAGAAAACAUUCAUAGCCAGUGCUAUCGGAUCUGGUCUCCAACUGAAAAAACGGGGAAGUUGAGCAUUCAAACGAGAAGCGAAAAGAUCUAUUUCCAAUAGACCCCAUAGGUUGCAGAUGUUUUGGAAGACCAUGGAAUCCAAGUGCCAGUCGCUGGAAUCUCUGAGUUGGCGUGCAUACCAGUCCAUCGUAGUGUUUGAGAGACCUUGAAUAUAUUCUGCCAGGACUGAAAUGCCGUGUCUCAGGCAAAAUUUCCAGCAAUCACGAGGCAUGUAGGUCAGAAUUUUGUAUUUUGUGCUUCCAAGUGAUUGAUGUAGCGGACUGCUGACACGUUGUCCAUCUUUAGAAGGAUAGCGCAUUGGGCUUGAGUUGGGGAGAAACUAUGGAUGUGAAGUGUUGAUUCCAGGUUUGAUUAUCUGCCCUUGGUGGAAAUAGUUCUGCAUUGAGUACCCCAACCGUGCAAACUUGCGUCGGAUUUGAUUAUCAAAUCUGGAGCUGUACAAAAUAUGGUGUGCUUAUUCCAAGCUUCCAUGUGAAGAAGCCACCAUUGGAGUUCAUCCUCCGCUUCUGAGUCCAGAGUUACCAUAUCUGUGUAUGAUGCGCUGCCCUUGAGAUGAAGUUUGUAAUUGUUGUAGGGCUCGAUAGCCAAGAAGACCUGUAGAAAUGGCCUGUAUAGAUGCCGCUAGAAGGCCUAACAUUCUCAACAGUUGUUUGAGAGAGAGUUGAGAGGUUGCUAGUGUUCGCCUAUCUCCUUCUUUAUAUUGGCUAAUUUUGCCACCGGAGGGUGUAGAAUUUGAAGGGUAGAAUCUACAAUAAUCCAAUAUAACCCAGAAAUGUUAUUUGUUGCGUGGGAACGAUAAUGGAUUUCUCCCAAUUGGUCAGGAAGCCUAGGUUCUCUAACAGAGUCAAAAUCCAUGCAAGGUAUGUCCGGAUUAAUUGAAUAGACUGAGCCAGAAUGAAAAUGCCAUCUAAAUAUAUUAUAAGAUGUGAGCUUGGUGAAGCACCAUGGAGCCGAAGACAGUCCGAAUGGGAGGCACCUGAACCUCUAUUUACUGCCCUACCAUGUAAAUUGCAGGAAGUUCUCGAUCUUGAUGUUGUACUGGGAUAGGCACUGUGAGAUAUGCCUCCUGCAGAUCCAAUUUGGCCAUCCAAUCUGCUGGUUGGAGAAGAUCCCUUAAACAAUGCUCUCCUUCCAUCUUUGAAGUGCUGAAAUGCUCAUAACUAUUGAGCAGUCUCAAAUUUAUCACUGGACGGAUACCUUUGCCUUUUUUGGGAAACAAGAAAAGGUUGCUCACGUAACCCAGGGUAUGUGCCAGAAUCUCUACAAUUGAUUGACCACAGAGACAAGGUCUGUGUCUCAUUGGGAAAAAAACAAUUUCCCUUAAUGGGGAACAUUGAACAAGUAGAGAAAGGAAGUCUAUGCAAUACCCUUUCACAGUGUGAAGAACCUAAGCAUCUGAUGAAAUGAGGGAUCAUACAUGGGAAAAAUGUGUGAGCCUGCCCCCCACUAUCAGUAAGAAAGAAUGGAAAUUGUGAAGACGUCUUUGGAGCACCUCUUAGGCCACUAACAAUCCAGGGUCGGCCACUUUGUGAGAAGGAGGUUGGUAUAGUGCAUUGUUCAAAGAAAUCGGCUCGGCAAGUAUAAGAGCCUUGGUUCUGUCUAAAAGAACUUCUGUUUGUUUAGCAGGACAAAGGAGCCCAAUUAUUUUACAAAGUUGUCCCCAAAGAGAAAACCUUUUGCCUGUGUUAUCUGGCUCGUUCAGAGCCAUAGUUAAACGUUUGGGCUCAAUCUUGAGCAAGAUCGAUUUGUGGCGUUCUGUGACAACUGCUUCAAAGAUCUUGGCUGCUGAGCCCAAGAUGCCCAGGAUUUUAUCCUGACAGUUUUGCAAUGAAAAUCUAAGCCUUUAGAUGGCUUCCAUCCUGUCUUACUCAGGAAUUGAAUGAUUUUAGGAUUGACUGAUAGCGUUUAACAUGAGUCAUCAGGGACUGUUCAGCGUGGCCAUUCAGCCCGCAAUUUAUUUCACUUUGCCUUCUCAAAAGGCUUGCGUACUCUGGAUGCAAUAUACUUGGCUACAUGGUCUGAGGAGACCACUGGGUGACAUAGGUCGUCAGGUUCGAAUAGGGGUUCACAUUGAGUGUCCAAGAUCCUAUCGGUGUCCCUGAGUCCGCAUAAUCUACCUAAAUCUUGGUAGGUUUAACAGGACGUGUAUCCCAAAUGGGAUUAGCAUCCUCUUCAUCAGUAAUUUCAUAAUCAGGAUCAGAAAUAUCCUCUGAAUCCUUCAUAUAGGACUCAGGGAACUCCUCCUCAAUAUCACUGAGCUCAGAUUGAGAGUUCAGUUGUGCUUUUGCCCUUUUCCAGUCUAGUCGAUUUUGCCCGACUAGUAGCUCUUUUGCGCGGUGGUAAAUUAAUCGCGCCAUCCGUGACAGGUAUGGAACUGUCCAUCUCCAUUGUUUUGGAGGAGUGUUUAGCCUUACAUGAGGCCUUGCGGCCAGGCUGAAGCAGAGCAGGUGUGAGUACAGAUACACCUCCAUAUAGUACUCAGGGAAACUCCUCCUCAAUAUCCCUGAGCUCAGAUUUAGAGUUCAAUUGGGCUUUUGCCCUUUUUCAAAGUCUAGUCGAUUUUGCCCGACUAGUAGCUCUUUUGCGCGGUGGUAAAUUAAUCACGCCAUCCGUGACAGGUUUGGUACUGUCCAUCUCUAUUGUUUUGGAGGAGUGUUUAGCCUUAUAUGAGGCCUUGCGGCCAGGCUGAAGCAGCGCAGGUGUGAGUACAGGUACACCUCCAUAUAGAACUCGGGGAACUUCUCCUCAAUAUCACUGAACUCGGAUUCAGAGUUUAAUUGGGCUUUUGCCCUUUUCCAAAGUCUAGUCGAUUUUGCCCGACUAGUAGCUCUUUUGCGCGGUGGUAAAUUAAUAGUGCCAUCCAUGACAGGUAUGGUACUGUCCAUCUCUAUUGUUUUGGAGGAGUGUUUAGCCUUAUAUGAGGCCUUGCGGCCUGACACCAGGGUCUUGUCAUUGUUUUUGCCAUGGAAGUGUCAAUUAAAGCCUGCAUGUCAGCAGGAUCGGUAAAGCAGAAAUUCUGUCUCAAUUCCAGAGAUACCUGGAGAGGCUUCUACAUUAAUCUGCAUGUUUGCUGUAGACCCAGAAGGCACAGAAAGAUCCUGUCAGACUGCAUCAUAAAUAUACAAACAAACCUAAGGGGAUGAAUAAAGCAAAAUAAUACCAAAAAGAAAGGGUUGAGUAACCCUCAAGUAAAAAAUAAAUAAAUAACUAAACAGGAUAAAGAAAUGAAAGUACUCACAAUAGUGAAAAAAUAGCAAUGGUAAUAUAAAAACAAAGGAGCUGCCCGGCUGCCGCUAUAACUAAACCCCAACUUGGAUUUCUGGCAGUUGGUGGCAGAGCAGCAGCCACACAGAUAAAUUAAGGGAAAAAACAGCACAAUGCCACUAUUCAGGAGAUAAAGAUCCUCAAAGAUGUCCCUGAGCCCCAAUUGAUGGUAAUCUUGGGGCCAGGGAGGUCAGAGGGGAAAUACAUUAUCAAAGGAUAUAUAAAGCAGCAUAUAACAGAUGCAAAUGAAGUAAAUAAAUUAAAUUAAGUUAAAAUGAAGUAACUAAAUAUAUUUAUAAAACAGGAAAAUAUUAUAAUUAAAAUGUAAUAACUAUAACAAUUUUAAGCACAGUAAUGAUAUGAAUAAAAGUAAAGUAAAAGUUAAGAACCAUGGGACCCAGUGUCACUUAACUGAGGGAGCAGCAAAGAAAGAGGAAGUAGUAUACUGGACACCGCCUAUUAUGCUAUAAAGAGGAUGCUGAUUGGCUGUUCCUGUUGCUAGGAAGAUAUACCUCAUGUUAUUUACUGGUUUCUUUUAUACUGAUUUAAUGUUAUUUUUCUUUGCUGCUGAGGUAAAUAAAGAAAGAAUGCAGCAUAAUAGGAGCCUCUGUGUCUUAAUAAAAUCUACUGUUAACAGAACAUAUUUAUUAUUUUGCAAAUUUUUUUUUUUUUAUUAAGGUAAAUGCACAAAAUAUACAUGCUAGUCAGAAUUUAUGUUUUUAAGAAUAUAUGUGUGUGUAAUGGAUGCAGUGAGAGUAUUUGAUUAGUGAAUGCAGUGUUUGUGUAGUGUGUGUGUUUAGUGGAUGCAGUGUGUGUUUGUGUAGUGUGUAUAUAAUGAAUGCAGGGUGUGUGUUUGUGUAGUGAAUGCAGUGAGUGUGUAGUGUUUAUAUAAUCUAUGCAGAGUGUGUGUAGUGUGCGUAAAGUGAAUGCAGUGUGGGUAUAGUGAAUACAGUGUGUUUGUGUAGUGUGUUUAUAAUGAAUACAGAGAGUGUGCAUCUGUCUGUGUAGUGUGUAUAAUGAAUGCAGAGUGUGUGUUUGUGUAGUGUGUGUAUAUAAUGAAAGCAGAGUGUGUGUUUGUGUAGCGCAGGGAUAGGCAGCCUCUGGCAUUCCAGAUGUUGUUGAUUACAUCCCCCAGAAUGCUGGCAAAGCAUCAUCAGAGGUAUAGUACAAAACAUCUGGAUUGCCGAAGGUUGCCUGUGCCUGGUGUAGUGUGUGUGUUUGUGUAAGUAUGUAGUGUGUGUAAAAUGGGGGGAAGGGAGGGAGAGGGGGAUUUUUUUUUUUUACUUUAGAAAAAAAAUUAAAAAUACUUUUUUUGUCCUCCCUCCCUGCUUGUUACUUGGCCAGGGAGGGGAGAUAUGGCAUUCCCUGGUGGUCCGGUGGCUUGGACUGUGUAGUGGGGGGCCCAGCAAGCUCUUACUUACCUUCUCAGCAGCUCCCCUGGAGGAAAUGUAGUGAGGAGUGACGUUAGUGAAGGCUUUGUAGGUUGUGUUAGCAGUUUGAAUUGGAUCCUGAAGGAUACAGGAAGCCAAAGUAAUGAUUGGCAAAGGAGUGAAGUGUGAAGGGGUUUGAAUGUCGUGACAACACACCUGCCAUUAAAGUGACCAUAUCAUCCAUUAUCAAUCAUUUUGGAGUCGCAGAGAUGACGUGGAUCAAUCAGAACAUGUGUAAGCAUAUAAAAUGCUAUGUUGAGCCCUUAUCCAGUGCCCCAUCAUGGUUUCUGCCUUGAUACAUGUUUAGUGCUUAUUUUAAAGGAUCACUGUAGGGUCAGGAACACAAACAUGUAUUCCUGACCCUAUAGUGUUAACACCACCAUCUAGCCCUCCCGGGCCCCUCAUGCCUCCAUAAAUAUAGUAAAAAUCUUACUGUAUUCAAGCCUGAAGCUGUUAAUCUGCAUGCUGUUAGACUCAGAAAAACAAGCAGUCUGCUGACAUGUGGUAGCCUGAUCCAAUCACAGUGCUUCCCCAUAGGAUUGGCUGAGACUGACAAAGAGGCAGAUCAGGGGCAGAGCCAGCAUGAGUCAAACACAGCCCUGGCCAAUCAGCAUCUCCUCAUAGAGAUGAAUUGAAUCAAUGAAUCUCUAUGAGGAAAGUUCAGUGUCUGCAUGCAGAGGGAGGAGAUACUGAAUCACAGGAUGCUGUGCACAGUGCUGCCCAGUGCUCUGCUGACAGUAGAUCUGAGUGGAUAGAGGAAUAUUAUGCCUCCAUCAACUCCGAAGUCCCUCUCAAAAAAUACAGUAUUUACAUGAGAAAGGCUGCAGGGAGCUAUAGUUCUCACCUGAACAACCUCAUUAAGCUGAAGUUGUUCAGGUGACUAUAGCGUCCCUUUAAGUCUCUCUUGAUAUAUUUUGAUAUUGACCUUGGCUUGCUUGACUUUGAGUAUUUCUGGAAUCCUCACCUGGCUUGUUAUUUCCUUUAUCUUUAUUUCUAUUAUCCUGACAUUGGCUAUUCCUGACUUUGUCUUUCUCACAAGUCCUGCCUCUCUAAAGCCAGGUAAUACGUUCAACGCUGUAUUUAGGCACUUUCAGCGGGGCAGCAAAAAAGCAAUCCCCAAUCGCCCUGGAAGAUACCAAAGGUAGGGAGAGGCUGGGUGGAUUUCUAUGUAAAAAAAAAAAAAUUAUGAGUGUGUUACUGUGGGUGUCUGUUACUGAGUGUUAGUGUGUGCAUAUGCACACUUGUGUCAGUGUAUGUAUGCGUGUCUGUCAGCUAGUGUAUGUCUGUCAGUGAAUGUUUGUGUCUGACACUGAGUGUAUUAUGUCUAUCAGUGAGUGUUGUAUGUGUGUUUCUGAGUGGGUGUGUCUGAUACUGAGUGAGUGUGCAUCUGUGAGUGUGUAUGCAUUUCUGUCAUUGAAUGUGUAUCUGUUAGUGCAUGGGUGUGUCUAUCAGUGAGUGUGUAUGUGUCUGUCAUUGUGUGUAUGCCUAUUAAUGUGUAUGAUUGUGUCAAAGUGUGUGUUGGUUAAACAGUGUGUGUGACAAUAACUGUGUAUCUGUCAGUAAGUGUAUGUCAGUGCAUGCAUCAAUGAGGGCGUGUGUCUGCCAGUAAGAGAAAUUUGGAAGGAGUGUACCUGAGUUUUGUCAUGUCCAGGGCAGCACAAAAACAGAAUACACCACUAAAUAUGUCUAUUUAGAACCUAUGUUGGUGGGAUUUGCCAUUUCCUGUAAGUUGGGGUAUGACCCUGUGACAAUGGGUCGGUAGCUAGAAGGAGAGGUAGCAUUAAUAGAUGGCUUUUUAGGAUGGGGUUAAAAACUGAGGGAAGAGGGAAAAAUGCUAGCAGACAAAGAAAGGUUGAAAAUAUGCAUUAAGACCACGGAAGAAGAUUGGACGAGGGGAGGGGAUCUAGAAAGCAAGCAAGUAGUGGGGCGAGUGGGCAGGAGAAGUUUAGAGACCUCUAGCUCAGAGACAGGGGAAACAGAGUUAAAGGUGGAAGAAGGUAAAGAAUGGUAGGCAAGUACUGAAGGGGCGAUUGCAUUUCUAACUUGAUUGAAUGCAAUCUAAAAAUUUGCAAGCCAAGUGACAUGCAAAAUCAUUAGCUGUGUGGUUAGUUAAUGGUGAGAUCACAGUGUGGCGAAGAAGGGAGUUAAAGGUAUGAAAGAGGCGUUUGGGAUCACAAGAGUAGGUGGCGAGGAGGACAGAGGUAAAACACUCGCUUGUCAAGGGAAAGGGCAGAAAGUAUUAUUACCGUGGAGCCCUGUUAAACAUUCAUACAAACCAGCAAUAUGGAGCUCCUAGACACCGGGGACAUUGGAAUAUGAAAGAGGGACUGAGAGAUUUGGGCCCAAAAUAGGUACAGUUGGGCGGUAUAACAGCAACCCUCUUACAUUUUCAUCUCUAGCUCAGCAUUGAUGCCUCCAAAGCAGUUUGACAGACAUUUUGCAAUACUACUACAAAGAGCUACAGUGGUUAUGGUGCCCAGUGCACCACUUUAACUCUGCAACUAAUAGAGGCGACAUGCUGCCUGGAGCACUUUUCAUGCAAAGCGCCACAGGAUGAACUUGCUAUGUUAUAUUUCACACACACCAUCACCCAGAGGGUCAUAGAAAGAGAAAUAACGCUCUGCCCCGGCCAGUUGGUGAUUUUGGAAACCUCACACUAUCCCACAGCUUUCUCACAGAGGGCUUGCUCUAACCGCCUCACACUGCGCCUUCCCUGCGCAGCCUGGCUUCAGUCGGGACGCUGCACUUUGUGUCGCCGGCUGUGAUUGGCUCCCGAGUAACCCCCAGCUUAUAACAAAGCGUUUCAUUGGUCUCCGCAGCGCAGCGUCCGGAAGUAGUCCGUUGCCGUGGUUACCAUAGCUGUCGUACCUAGCUGUAACCGUCUGCUGGGCCUGCAGGAGCGACCGGGAACCUACCGUGCGAGCAGGUCAGUCCUCCAUCACAGCCUGGCUUCAUUUAUUAGCAUUUCAUCAAUGCAGAUGUUUGUUUCCCUUCUAAUAGCGGGAUGGCAGCCAGCUGGCAGAACAAUUCGCUCAGCUCCGGUCUGUUUAUAUAAAGUCACCGUGUAUAAUCGCAUUUACUGCCUUUAUCCUUCAUGGUGCACCCCAUUUUGGAAAGAACAAACCCGGUAAUUAUGGUUUAGCAGGCUUCUCCAAACUCCGGCCCUCCAGAUUGCGCUGAACUACAACUCCCAUGAUUCUAUGAAUGAAAUAGGCUGAGAAUCAUGGGAGUUGUAGUUCAGCGACAUCUGGAGUUUGGGGAAGCCUGGUAAAGUAUACAGCUGCUGCAGAGGGGUUUCUCUAGAGAGUAAUCUAAUAGGAUGAAUGGCUACUAACCUCUUGCACACCAGCUGCUGGAAUAUAUGGUUCCCAUGAUGUUAAGCCAACUAUGUAAAUGCUAAUAAUAAUAAUAAUAAUAAUAAUAAAUAACUUUCCAUCAAUUCCUAAGUUUAGUUACAGGGCCAGUCUAAGCACCAUAAGCAUGUUGCUUAUAGUACCUUGAGUCCACUUUGAUAUCUGUGACUGAGCUGUAAUGGUACUUUAUACAAUAAAUUACUGCUGCUCAACACAGACAACAAGGGAUGUCAUUCCAGCAGCCUGGGGGACUUAGUUCAGGGUUACUAAUGUUCUGUUCUGGCACUGUUUGUGCAUGCUGCUGAGAAUGCCACACACCCAGGAGGGUGAGCAUGCACGAAACAGUGAAUUGGGCUGUAUGUAAAAUGACAGCAGCUGUCGGUUGGCUGAUAUCCGUUUAAAAUGUACCUGUCAUGGUAUAGGACACUUUAUAUUAAAGAAAAUAAAAACAAAUAAUUUAUCAAUUUGUUAGCAAUUAGGAGAAAGGCCUAUUUAUAAAUAGAUUGCACCUACAAUUGUUAAUGAGUUAUUUGCCAUAGACCCCUCCGUCAAAGAAUUGACUGACAAAGAAAGAAGGAGAACCCUCCUGUAGACAGAAUUCCUGCUCUUUAGCACACCAGUGCAUGUGCAAUGGUUACCUCCUGCCAGUAAGCCCUGCUAAGUUGAGGAUAAUAUGUCAUUCCAUUUUGACACCUACGCACAGACCAAUCUAAUCAGACAGUGCACAGGGAAUUUGACUGGAGAGGGGAUUUACAGUAAUGUGGCACUCACAGAACUUCAGACAUGGUGGUGCUACAUUGAAAGUAAGUAUGGUUAAAGAGACUAUAGGCACACAGACCACUUCAGCUCAUAGAAGUGGUCUGGGUGCAGUGUCCCCUGUCCCUUAACAAUGCAAAGGUAAUUAUUCAUCCUUUCACUAGACGGACUUCCGUGCUGUUAGGCGACUUUUGUUCGAAGGAGGGGGACCAGCAAAAUGUUUGUUUUCCAGGUACUAUAGUUUACCUUUAAUAUUCAAAAUAUUUUAAAUGAAUAUGUAAUUUAUAUGUUUUCUAUUACCAUGAAUCUGUCAUGACAGAGUCACUUUAAAAAGCAGCUCAGAUCAUCAAUUGAUGAUUUUCAACUUCAUUGAAUACCUGAAUUGUCUGGAAAGUGAUUUUCAUAUUUUUUUUUUGGCUAAAAUACAUUAGUUGUCAGUGUAAAAAGUCUGCAUUUAAGCAGUUUUUACAUUUUGGCUAUUUUAGCAUAAAGUUUCAAAUUCACUUUUAUGUAUGUAUUUUGUUUGUAAUUCGCAUUGCAUUAAAAUGGUUGGAGAUCAUUCUAAAUACUCCCCAUAGAAACGUCCUCAAUAUUGGUUAUAGUGUUGUUUGUCAUCAUACUAUUGACAUAUGCAGAAGGAUUUUGGUGUAAUAUUUAUCUGACACAGAUUGAUUAAUUUAUGCAAUUUGCAGUGAGUGUGUGUGUCUGUUUAGGUUAUUGGCCCCCUCCUAUCGCAUGGGGAAGGUGUUUUUACCCACUCCAUGCUGGUCUCACCAUGACUGGCCCCACUUUCCUGGCUUGGAUCAUCAAUCUUUCCUGGCUUGGAUCAUCAAUCUUUCCCAUAGGAAAGCAUUGAGAGGCUAUAACGCAUGAAUCUAUGUAUCUCUAUGGCUAACAUUCAGCACCUCCAUGCAGAAUGUGGAGACUCUGAAUGUAGGUGCUGAACACUGUACAGCUCUGGACUAGGAAUCGCCUCUAGUGUCCGUUUGAGUGACUGUCACUAGAGGUCUUACUAGACUGCAAUGUAAGUGUUUACAUUAAAACGCCUACAGGGACAGGAUAUAGACACCAGAACCACUACAUUAAGUUCGUUCUGGUGACUAUAGUGUCCCUUUAAGAAUUGUAUUUGUUGUUGAAAAUGAAACUUUUUUUUUUUUAGAUGGCUCCUAGAUUCCAAGCAAAUGUGUCAAGCCCUGCCGUAGAUACUAUCCUGUACUAUGAGACGCUAUCCUGUCAAUAUAAGAGACAUUAUCAUUUCAGUUUUUACAGUUAGAAAUUUUCAUAGAUGGAUUUGAUGAGUCUGUCUCAUUUUGGGGCAUUGUAGUGGUUUGACUGUUCUAAUUAUCUCUUAAAGGCCUACAAUUUGGGAAAGAAGACAUUCCAGGCUAUCUCAUAUGGUGUACAUUGUGCUUUAAACAUUUUCUCAACAGUUUAUGCCAAAGUUUGUAGAAAAAGAAUGUUGUGCAUUUUUUACACGUACGUUGCAUUUUUGCCAGGUAUUUUGUAAAUCUGAUGUAUUCCACUGUGAUAAAAAAAGGCUGGUGAGUGGUGCAGAGUAGAGCCUAUAUGUCUCCUUCAGUAGGGAUCUCAUCCAAUGUGUCUAGGGCCUGUUCCUUUGAGGAGGCUGACAAUGAGUCGCCAUUUUCAUUUGGUGGGAAGGUUUCAGGGGCCUUUGCAGAUUGGAACAUUAGAUCUCCUAUAUCCUGGGUACCUGGAAAUUGUAUAGGUCCCUGGCGUGCUGGACUUUUUUCCCAUACUAGUCAGUGGCUUUUAUUGCUUUUAGGUGCAAACAUAAAGCUUUCAAGUAGGCUAAAACAAGCUUUUUGUCUCAGAGCUCCACUGCAACACCUUUGCUCCGUUCGGCUGCGAGCUCCACUCCAUCUAUGUCUCAUUAUGAAGCAUUUUAGCAGUUUGACUAUUCACAUUACUCCAUGAAGGCCUACCAUUUAUGAAAUAGAUUCUCCAGGAUACCUCAUAGUGUGUAUUUUGUGUUUUAAUGUUUUGUAUUAUUUUCACCAGUUGAUGUCAUUGUUUGUAGAAAAUGUGUUUUUGUUUUGUUUUUGCGUAUUUUGACAUGCACAUUGCAUUUUUGCUGGAUAUAUUGUAAAAAACACAAAUUAUGCUCAGCUAUAUCUUCUGAGUACAGCAAUACACCCAAUGUAUGCCUUUGUCACUAUUUUGUCAUAUUACAUAGAUUUACAUAGAGUAAAUCUUUAAUGGAGCUCUGUCUCAUUUUGGAGUAUUCUAGCAUUUGCUAGUUCAAACUUUCUCACAGAGGUGUACCAUUUCUUAAAGAAGACACACCUAUUAUUGUGUCUCUAAGCUAUGUGUUCUGAGUACAGCAAUACCCCCAUGUGGAUAUGUGGAUGUUCUAAGGGGAAAAUAUGAGAUGCGUCCAUUUCAGUUUUUUUUUUUUUUUUCUAUCUUUCAAUUUUGUUAUUGGGUCCAUGUCCCCAAUUUAAGGAAAGUUCUAGCAGGUUCUUAUUCAAACUAUCCCACUACGGCCUAUAAUGUUUGUUAAAGAUAACAUCUCAUGGUAUCUGAAAUAGAAUAUUUUCAUCCUAAUUGUAUAACAAUAUUUUAUCUAGUUUGUACCGAGUAUAGUGGGAAUAAGUGUUUUUGUAACAUUUUAGAGUAUUUGAGGAGCCCGUUGUUGCAAAUUACCCCACAAAAGCCUACAUCUAUUUUGAAAUAUAAGCAGGUCAUUAAUUCAAAUUAUGAACAAGGGCAUACUAUUUCCAGUGAAAGGGGGACUAUUUUUGGCGUAAAAUUAUCAGCGUCACUGGCAGCUCUAGGGGAAUCCUGUUUUUCUCCUGUGUGCUUUGCAGGUUCAGGGAAAUUCAGCUGGUGAAAUUUUGAGGCACUGUCACUGUCUAAAUUCUGCUGUAAGCCUCCUCUGCAGUGAACUUCCUAAGCAUUUUUUAUAUUUUACACAAUAACGUUAAAGGACCACUCCACAGUCAAAAACAUGCCUGCUCACAGAAAUCUGCUCUUUUAUUUGCCUUGUGUGUGGUAAAUCUUAAAAUAGUAACCUAUGCAAAGACAGGAUGGAGAGGGGCAGUAGAAGCUGAUUUCCAUUCUUCCAACACUUUGAUCACAGACUGCAUCUCUUCUGUGGGGCUUUUUUUCUGGGUAGUUGGCUGACAAACUUCUCAUUCAAGUGGGCAAUUAAGAGGCGAAUUUUAAACAAGUUGUCAUACUUUGGAUUACAUCUUUGUAUUCACUCGCUAUUAUCAUUAAAAUGCAUAAACCGUAGUAAUGUCUCAUCUGCAUCUCUUCAUAGUUUAUGAAAAGAUUCGGGUGCAACAGAUUGGAUUCUUUGUCCAAAUCAAGCGAAUAAUAGGCUUUUUCAUGAUCGAUAUUAACAUUGUGAGUGUCCAGAAUUUCAUUAUAUCAAUUUAAAUAUAUCAUUAUUUCAAAGAUACUGAUCAGCGCAGAGGUUGGUUUGCAUUACAAUCUUCCCUAAAAUAUCAUCUCCCAGAAACAACUUCAUAAACUCCACUGGGUCAUAGCUGGACACAUCAGCCUGUAUACCUGGACUAGCAGUAAAUAUAUGGAUAAUGGGUAAAAUCAUUGGAGGGUACCCAGUCAUAUGCGUCUUGGGCAGUGUCCGGGGAAUCCAUGCUUGCCUCUUAGUCAGGCACAUAUUUGCAGUCAUCUUUUGCCUCUGAAUCAGUCGUUAAAAUUGUAUAAGCCUCCUCGGCAGUAAACAUUUUAAGCAUUUUCGGAUUGAACUUUAACUAAAACUAAACAUUCUUUAAAACUUAAUUAUUUUUCUUUUAACCCCUAACUAACCUAAUACUUAAUCUCUCAAUUUCCCACUUAUUUCCAUCCACCCAGCUAACUAAACCACCAAAUUAAAAUGAAUAAAAUACAAAAUGAAAACAUUUAACCACUGAGGGGUAAAAAAAAUAUCAAAGUUAAACCCUCAGGGUAAAAAAACAACAAAAAAAGUACUGUUAUCUGUAUUAUGAUCACUGCAAGCAGUUAUCAAAGGGCAGGAAAUGGUUAAAGUCAGGUUUAGAGCGCUAAAAGGGGUUUUCAUUUCACUGAAAUAAUUCUAUUACUAAAAGCACACAAUGUAUCUCUCCUAUCAGUCUCUCUGCUUCACAAGGAGGUAGAGGGAGUCUGAUUAGAUGUCCCAGCAGCACUGUGAUCUGUUAUUGGCUGUCGCAAAGAUCACGUGUGCUGUGAUGGCGUAAUCGAGGCGAUCUGGCGUUAAUUUUAGUCUUGAUGGAAUAAUUCCAUCAUGGGUCCUCUUGGAAAAAUUGCGUUAGUGGCCUUUAAGGGGUUAAGCUAAAAUAGUUUUUUUUAUGCUUAUAGUAUCCCUUUACUAUUAAAUAUUUAUUUUUUUGCUUACUGGCAGGGCCGGUGCAAGGAUUUCUGCCGCCCUAGGCAAAGAUCCAUUUUGCCGCCCCCUCAUGUCACUAAGUCACUGACUGACACUCACACACUCUGACACUCACACACUCUGACACUCACUCACUCUGACACACUCACUCACUCUGACACACUCACUCACUCUGACACUCACUCACUCUGACACUCACUCACUCUGACACUCACUAACUCAUUGACACUCACUCACUCACUGACACUCACACACACUCACUGACACACACUCACACACUCACUGACACACACUCACUGACACACACUCACUGACACACACUCACACACUCACUGACACACACUCACUGACACACAGACAUACACUCACUCACUGACAGACAUUCACUCACUCACUGACAGACAGACACACACACACACACACAGACACUCACUGACAGACACAUACAAUCACUCACUGACCUACAUACACGCACAAAUAAACACUGACAUACAUUCACUCACUGACAGACAGAGACACACAGACACUGACAAACAGACAUACACUCACUUACUGACAGACACACAAACACACACUCUCUGACAGACCUACACUCACUCUCUGACAGACCUACACUCACUCUCUGACAGACGCACACACAGAUACUCUGACAUACAUACAUACACUCACUGACAUACAUACACUCACUGACAGACAUUCACUCACUGACACACAGACAUACAUUCACUCACUGACACACAGACAUACACUCACUCACUGACAGACAUUCACUCACUGACAUACAUACACUCACUCAUUGACAGACAUUCACUCACUGACAUACAUACACUCACUCAUUGAUAGACACAAACACUGACAGACAGAGACACACACACACACACACACACACACACACAGACACUUACUGACAAACAGACAUACACUCACUUACUGACAGACCUAUACUCACUCACUGACAGACACACACACAGACACUCACUGACAUACAUACUGACAAAUACACACACAGGCAGACACUCACUGACACACACACACACAUACACACACACUCACUGACAGUCAAAGACUCACCUCCCUGGGGUCCAGGGUGGGGUAGCUCCUCACUCCUCCAGUGCGCCGUUUACUAUGCCAGGGCUGGAAUUACGUCAUAUUCCUAAUAUAGCUUCGGGGGCGCCCUGAGAUGGCCAGAUGGAUACCUCCUGGGCCCCCUGUGACAGGGCUCCUCUUGGCGCCCCCACAUUAGGGCGCCUUGAGGAUCGGCCUAGUGCAGGGGGCGGCUCAAGAGCCGCUCAAGAGCUGCUCACCCAGCGCUGCGGCCCCAGACAGGGGGAGCCCACCAGGAAACAUCCCGGUGUACAACCCCAGCAGGCCGGUGGCGCCGGCCCUGCUUACUGGUUGAUGUUUGCCCUGUCUUUGUGAAUUAUAUGGCUGUUGGGAAUUCUGUAUUAUGUGCUUUUAUGUUUUCUUUUAAUGAGCAUUCUUGAGGUUUUUUUUUUUAAUGGAGAUUAUCUUUUAGUUCUAUUCUGUUUUGAGGCGUGAGCACAUUGAGGGCACAAGUGACAAUUAUAUUGUAUAUUAAUGUUAAUAACUAUGUUGGCAGCCCUUGCUACAGUGUGUUUGAUUUUGGUUUAAUAACAUUGUGUCCAUUUAGAUUCAUGAGCUUGAGGGAAGAGGUGUUCUAUGUCUAUAUACCUCCCGCAUUUACAUUUAUCUGCCAUAUAAAGGACCACUAUAGUGCCAGGAAAACUCGUUUUCCUGGCACUAUAGUGCCCUGAGGGUGCCCCCACCCUCAGAGUCCCCCCUCCUACUGGCUCUACGGUGAGGAAGGGGUUAAACUUACCUCUUUCUCCAGCGCUGGGCGGGGAGCUCUCCUCCUCCUCCGCUGAAUGCGCAUGCGCGGCAAGAGCCGCGUGCGCAUUCAGCCAGUCUCAUAGGAAAGCAUUCACAAUGCUUUCCUAUGGACGCUGGCGUCUUCAUAGUGAGAAGCACGCAAGCGCCUCUUGCGGCUGUCAAUGAGACAGCAACUAGAUGCUGGAUUAAAGGAACACUAUAGUCACCUAAAUUACUUUAGCUAAAUAAAGCAAUUUUAGUGUAUAGAUCAUUCCCCUGCAAUUUCACUGCUCAAUUCACUGUCAUUUAGGAGUUAAAUCACUUUGUUUCUGUUUAUGCAGCCCUAGCCACACCACCCCUGGCUAUGAUUGACAGAGCCUGCAUGAAAAAAAAACUGGUUUCACUUUCAAACAGAUGUAAUUUACCUUAAAUUAUUGUAUCUUAAUCUCUAAAUUGAACUUUAAUCACAUACAGGAGGCUCUUGCUGGCUCUAGCACGCUAUUAACAUAGCAGGGGAUAAGAAAAUCUUAAUUAAACAGAACUUGCAAUAAAGAAAGCCUAAAUAGGGCUCUCUUUACAGGAAGUGUUUAUGGAAGGCUGUGCAAGUCACAUGCAGGGAUGUGUGACUAGGGUUCAUAAACAAAGGGAUUUAACUCCUAAAUGGCAGAGGAUUGAGCAGUGAGGCUGCAGGGGCAUGUUCUAUAUACCAAAACUGCUUCAUUAAGCUAAAGUUGUUCAUGUGACUAUAUUGUCCCUUUAAUCCUAAUAUAAACAUAGCAGUUUCUCUGAAACUGCUAUGUUUAUAGAAAAAAGGGUUAACCCUAGCUGGACCAGGCACCCAGACCACUUCAUUAAGUGCCUACAGUGGGCCUUUUAAGUGUAAUCUUUCUUGGCAGAUAAUCAUACCUGGUUAUAGUGACUUCUUAAGAAGGGACCUUUGGAUGUAGACACUGUAAUUGUAUUUGACAUUAUAAAAUUUGUGACUGUCUAUUAGAUAUUUCACUGGUUUAGUAGAUACACUCUAACGCUGGAAGUCCUUAUGCAGAGUGUGCAGGGCUGGCGCUAGGUGAACUAGGCAUUCGCCUAGGGCGCCAGCCUGCUAGGGGCACCCACCGGGAUAUUUCCUGGUGGGCUCCCCCUUUCUGGGUCCGCAGUGCUGGGUGAGAGGCUCUUGAGCCUCCCCACUGCCCAGCGCCGGUCUGCAGGUGCCCAAAAGUGGCGGGGCCUAGAGGAUCCCUGUCACAGGGGGACCAGUAGGUGGCCAUCUGGCCACCUCAGGGUGCCCCGAAGCUCUACUAGUUAAGGCAGGUGCCUGCUCUGCCGAGAAAUACCAGAGAAAUGAGCGGAGGAGAGGGGGACAGGAGGCAGGCUGCUCUAUUGUAGGCGGCAAGGUAGGCUGUUCUUGUACCUAUGAUGUCAUUCCGGCCCCGGCAUACUAAACAGCGCGCUGGAGGAGUGAGGAGCUGCCCCACACUGGACUCCAAGGAGGUAGGGAGGCAGGGAGGCUGGAUGUCUGUGUCUGUCUGUGAGUGUUUAAAUGUCAGUGAAUGUGUGCCUCUGUGUGUUUGUCAGUGUGUGUGUGUGUAUCUGUCUGUGUAUGUCUGUCAGUGAGUGUCUGUGUGUGUGUCUGUCUGUCAGUGAGUUUAUGUGUGUCUGUGUGCCUGCCAGUGAGCGUGUGUGUCAGUCAGUAAGUGAGUGACAUGAGGGGGGGGCAAAAUGGAUCUAUGCCUAGGGCGACAUAAAUCCUUGCACCGGCCCUGAGAGCGUGAAGACGUCCAGCAUCAGAUACCAGACCAAAGGUCUGUUUCGAUUUAGGAAGCCCUCUAGUGGAUGUCCGGUAGACAACAACUGGAUGCAGACUUAGAGCUGCAAUGUAAGCACUACAUACAAAAUGGACACUACACCCAGACCACUUCAAUUAGCUGAAAUUGUCGAUGUGCCUACAGUGUCCUUUUAAGCUUUGUGAGAUUUGAGAUUGUAAAGAUAAUAUUUUACUUGCUUAUCAGAUAGUUCCUUCCCUUUAGAUUUCCUCUGUAUUAGUGUAUGCAGACCAUGGAAGGGUUAAAUCUUUGAGGUGCUUGGAAGUCAGGUAGUUUUAACCUUGCUAUUCAAGAAUGAACUUUGUUUAAAUCUAUGCAGACCUUCAAAGGGUUAAGGCAUUGAUUUAAUGCUUUCUUAUGGGGAGGUCCAAUGCGCGCGUGGCAUUUGCCGUGCAUGCAAGUUAGCGUUUGCUUGUCGCGGGAUGUAGAAGGGGCAGAGCAUUGACCCAGGGACAUAGGCACUGGGAAAAGAAAAGUAACUAAAGGGUUUUUAACCCAUUGUUUACCCGGACAGGAGGGCAUGAGGGAGGGGGGGAAGUAGAGGGAUCUUUUGUGCCAGGAAUACAGCUGUGUAUUCCUGGCACUAUAGUAUCCUUUAAGAUUGUUCACGUCACGAUGAAGCUGAACAUGAGGAAGCACUUUUAGUGGCUUCUCUGAAACAGCAAUAUUUUACAUUGCUUGUUUGAAAAAUGGGACAGCAUCAAUGCAACAAAGCCACUUCAUUGUGGUGAAGUAGUUUUGGGUAAAAGGCCACUAUCCUAUAUUUCUCUUGGGCUGCCUGUAGGUGGUCUCUUUUGCUUCCCUUUAGAAAUUAAUUAUUUGGCAUACGGCCUAUUUAUUAUUAUUAUUUUAAGGUGGGAGAAAACCCUGUUUUUAAUUUUUUUUUUUUUUACAAUUUUAUUCUUUCUUCAUUCACAGGCAAUAAUUCAGUGUACAAUACAGUGAGUAGAGAAAUGGUGAGAUAAAAUCAAUAUAGACAAAAACAACAGUACUGCAUGUAACAUGUAUAGGUAUUAGGCAUUCUAGGCCAUGGGGUUUUGUAUUACAGUGGGACCUCGGUUUACAAACGCCUCGGUUAACAUCAUUUUCGGUUUACAAAUGAAAAUCCAUUGAAAAUAUUGCCUCAGUUUACAAUUUCUUUUCGCAAUACAAAGCAAGUUUCCCCAGAAUGCAUUGCACCUUGGAGGUUUAUAGCACCGCCCUCUGCAUGCUGGAGCUUGUGGGUAGCACGUGGCGUCAAGUAUGGAGGUGUUGGAGCGGCUUUUGCAUCGAGUUUUGGAGCCAUUCUGGAAAUUGUUUGCGGUUGUUUUGGGACUUUUUGGUGCAUUUCUCAAGCUGUGGAAAGGUAGGGAGCUGAGCUUUGUCGUUUGCAAACCUUUUAUUGUGUGUUAUGCAUUGUGGGUUGGUUUCCAUGCCAGCUCAUUUUGACUUUUUUCUGACCUCCAGAACUGAUUUCAUUGGUUUUCCUAUGGGACACCGCGUUUCGGUUUACACAUUUUUCGCAAUAAGAAACGUCCCGGAGAACGCAUUAAAUUCGUAAAUCGAGGUCCCACUGUAUAUAAUAAAUUGUGUAGUAAGUUGGAUACUGCAUCCGCUACAUCCUACAUCCGAUGCAUCCUCUGUAAGCUGAGAAAAUGGUAGAUAGUAGAAGGGAUACUUAAGGACAUGGUGCAGAGUACGCCUCCAGCAUGAAAUAUUAUAAUCAAUAAGAGUUGUACCUCCAGGUUGCUUGAGGGGGCUAGAGACCCCACUUAAUCGGUGGUGGAAUAAUUAGCGUGACUUUAUUGAGUAGUGGGGGGGGGGGGAGAUAUAUUGUUGGGUCCUUGUGACCAUUAAGGGUGCCAGUUAGGCAGUGUCAAAGCAAUUUGAGAUUUAAACUUGUGCUAUUAACACAGGAAACAUAAGGUAUAAUAACUGAGAAGCACACGUGAGUAUGCGCAAAAGGCACAAUAGUGAGAUCCUAGGCGCCAUCAGGGCACUGGCUGGUAUAAACGGUGUGACCCUCUCCGGGUCGCAGGUUGCUAAAGUUGGCUAAGGUGCGGCCUCAGGGGACUGUAGAGAUAGUCCGAGCUGGAGUAGGAUACCAGUUGUCUCCGAAGCCUCCAGAACUUUAAGGGUCUGCGUGUCCCGGUUGAUUAGCAGACAGCGAGGUGUACCCCAUUUGUAUGGCACUUUGUUAGUGGCUAGUGCCUGUGUGAGCAGUCUCAAAGAUCUGGGCCAGUCCAUUGUGGCCUUAGAUAAGUCCGGGAAGAAGGUGAGGGUAUGCCCUUCAAACUUGAGUGGUGUUUUGUUGCGGACAGCCGCCAUAGGGCCGUGCAGUCUUGCCCUUGUUGGAAGUGGAGAAUCUUGUCUCUGCCUGUCUUCUGUGUGCCCGUGGUGGGUCCCGGAUUGCAGUACCAUCCAUCCAGGGUCAUAGCCUUGGCUUGCUUGGAUGAGAAAAGCGUAGAUAGUAAUCUGUGGAAGAGGUGCGGGAAUUCUGCUACCUCCAUAGUAUCAGGUAGGCUUUGAACUUUGGUGUUCUUUCAUCUCUGCUUGUCUUCUAGAACCGCCAUGUGGUCAUUAUUUUUCCUUUGUGAGUGUUGGCGUUUUGCUAGGAUCUGCUCCAGGGUGGCGAUGCGGGUCUCGUGGGCUGCCGUAAUGAGCUCUCAAUUGUGGAGAUGAGCCGAGAACCUGUUUACCUUCUCUCAGACCUGCCCGAUGUCGGCUGCGAUGUUGCGGCUCAGUUCGUCAAAUAGGCCCCGCAGAGUGUCCCCGUGACCAGAGGAUUUCCGACAGGCUUCUCUGGUGAGCGCGGCUUUUUGUUGUCCGGCCGGGCCCGAAGAGUAACUCUCCACACAGGGAUUCCUCACUUGUAGUGCGGGAUGGCGCAUCCUAGAGUGGCACCAUGACAGGCCUCUGCGAAGAGUGCGGCCUCCACAAUAAAUUCCCGAUAUUGGCCAUUGUAGGGGGUCGAUCUGGCUUGCACUUUUUGCUCCGACGUCCCAUGACUGCAGAUAUGUGGCAGCUUCAGUUUUUGCCUAUGAUGUGCCGAUUUUUCUUGCUUUUCAGGCUCUUUUUGGUGCAGAUGCACUCGGAGGUCCAAUAAUGUGCUACUUGUCAGUAUGGCCGCUGGCUCCGCCCCCCAAAACCCUGUUUUUAAAAAUUGCUUGCAUAAUAUAUAGCUGGAAUUUUAUGCUCUUUAAAAAGAGCAAAAAUAGUUUUUGCCACUUAAAUUUCCUUCUAAAUUUGGCUUGGUGAAAAGCAUGUUAAGGACAUGUGUUAUUUGGAAAGUACAUACCAUCAUAGAAGAGCUGCAGUAGCUGUAAUACAGUAUGCAUCACUCAGUGCUUUCCCUGCUGAGUGCUCCAUGUGGAAGGCAUUUCCUGUGUGAGAGGCUGUUGGUGAGUAGAUGGGAGAUGACACACAAACCCAUGAAACACAGACAGUACAAGUGCUGGGGCAGAAAUGAGUUUACACUCUUUUAAAUUGCUCCUCCGGCUUUGCUAUCAAUCAUUGGAGGCUGGCUGUACUACAAAAGACACUGGCUAAGGCUCCUGGACUCCUCUCCCCACCAGCAUACAUAAGUUCCAAAACGUCACCUUAUAAGUGUUGUAGACAGGUACCUACUGUGCCUAAUGGGAAAUCCAACCCUGAUUGAUACCCUGCCAUUUACACUAGAGUUGUUUGUUUUAACAUGACUAGAACACUUCACUUUAACAAACCUGAGUGCGAGUUUACAUCUUGAAAUAGUCAAAUGGAAUAUAACAUAUGCAUGGUUUUGCAACAUUCAGUUUGGCAGAGAUCCCAGACUGUGCAACAGCAAUAUUGCUAAAUAUUUACUAGAUAUUCAUUCGGUGGCAUACUCUGACUGUUCCUUUAUUUACCACAGCAUGAAUCUAAGUAAUGUUAGAAAUUCUGGGUUUGGCUGUACCAGUCUAAUCUAUGAAAAUUAAGUGGUGGGGGCAUUUGUGCAAUUGUAGGAAAAAAUAUAAAAAUGUGUUCACCAUUCAUCUUCAUGGGCAGUAGGUUGCAAUUUUGAUUUUGAUUGGCAAAAACAUAUAUGCUUAAAAUCAGUUUUACACCAAACCGGAGGUCAGCUCCAGGGGCAUAUUGGCAUUGUUACCAUUAGGGCCUCUAUAGUGCCUAUGGUCCUCGGGAGUGCCUGUUUAAAGGGAUUCUCUAGUGCCAGGAAAACAAACCCGUUUUUCCUGGCACUGCAGAAUCCUUGAGUGGCCCCAUCCAAAUCCCUGAAGGGGUUAAAACCACUUCAGUGACUUACUUGAAUCCAGUGCCGAUUUGUUCCUUGGUGCGGGGGAGUUCUUAUGCGCAUGCACGGCAGACCUCCCCAUUGGCAAGCAUUAUUCAAUGCUUUCCUAUGAGGAUUCCGGCGACGCCGCAGGUCGUCAUGCAUAGCGUGAGGACGUCCAGCGUCCUUUAGGCUACCAAAAGUCCCUCUAGUAGACAGCCACUAGAGGAGGACUUAACCUUGCAAGUUAAUUAUUGCAGUUUAUAAAAACUGCAAUAAUUACACUUUCAGGGUUAAGGGUGAUUGGAGUUGGCACCCAGACAACUUCAAUGGGCUGAAGUGGUCUGGGUGCCUACAGUGUCCCUUUAAUGAAAGCUACUCCUGUUAACUUGUGGAAGCAGUUUAUUUCUUUAGGUUGGGGGGAUCAUGGGUAGUGGCAUUGCAAGAAUUCCCUUCUGGCAUCUCUGGCUGCUGGCGCACACUGUGACACGCACAUGGCUGUGUGUUUUUCAGCAUUUUAAAUCUCACACAGAAAAUGUUUUAUCUUCCUUGAUUAGUUUGACACAAAGUUUGAGCACCAUUCAUAAAUUAAGCUACAUGAAGUGGGCACUGUCUCACUGAGAGCUGAAAUAGGGAAAUUGGGAUUGCCUGAUAGAUCAAUUGCGGGUCUCUGCAAAAGCAGCAGAUCUUGGGUACUUGCUGUAAACAAGUGUUAUCCAUAUGAUCACUUUAUUUUUUUUUAAUGCAUGUUUACAUUAUUUCAAAAUUACAUUUAAAGCGGCACUGUCAUGCCGAACUUACCUUUCCUCAAUCUCUUCAUCUUCUCCCCCUCUCUCAGGAUCUGUUAUUCUUUUCUUCCUGUCUUCUUUAGUUUUCUUUAAAAUCAUAAGACAAAGUAGGGACUCUUUGCCUUAUGGAGGAUUCCUCCGCUUGACCAGCUCUGACCAGCGGAGGAGCAAAGUGUGCUUCAUUUCCGCUGGUCAGAGCAAUUUUCCCAUGAUCCCUAGCUUUCCUCAGUGUUCCCACAAUGCUUCCUGUCAUUUUACACAAAACUGCCGAAUUGCGUUCUAACUGAAUGACAACAGUCUGUUCGUUUCUUUUAGAACGCAAUUCGGCACUUUAUUCGGAUCAGAAUUUCAUUCUAAUGAAUGAAACUCUGAUCCUAUUCUUGCUGUGGCUGCAUCUUGCAGCCGCUUAGUAGAUAACUCCCUAAUUCCCACGGUAUCAGGGAGUUAUCUACUAAAAGGCUGAAAGACCUAAAUUGGUCUUUCAGCCAACUUUACUAAUACCAAGUAAAAAUUACUUAGUAUUAGUAAGUAAUAUGCCCCUACUCGCUAUACUGCGAGUAGGGGCAUGUCUGGUAAACAGUGAGCAGCCUGUGGCUGCUCACUGUAAAAAAAACUAUUGGCCCCCACCCCUAAACGACGGGUGGGGGCCCUAAAAUAAAAUAAGGGGGGAGACCAAAUGACCUACUGCCCCCCCCCCGGCCCCCACCCCUGGGCGGCGGGUGGGGGCAAUAAUGAGGGGGGGGGACCUACUGCCCCCCCCGCCCCCACCCCUGGGCGGCGGGUGGGGGCCAUGAAGAUAAUGAGGGGGGGGACCUACUGUCCUCCCCCCCCCGGCCCCCACCCCUGGGCGGCGGGUGGGGGCCAUAAGGAGAAUGGGGGGGACCUACUGCCCCCCCCCGGCCCCCACCCCUGGGCGGCGGGUGGGGGCCAUAGUGAGAAUGAGGGGGGGGGACCUACUGCCCCCCCCCGGCCCCCACCCCUGGGCGGCGGGUGGGGGCCAUAAUGAGAAUUGGGGGGGGGACCUACUGCCCCCCCCGGCCCCCACCCCUGGGCGGCGGGUGGGGGCCAUGAAGAUAAUGAGGGGGGGGGACCUACUGUCCUCCCCCCCCCGGCCCCCCCCCUGGGCGGCGGGUGGGGGCCCUAAGUCAAUUACCCCCCCCCCAAGGUGACUAGGGGUCCCCAAGCCCCUAGUCACCCACCCCCACCCAAAAAAAAACAAGUCCCUACCUACCCCCCUCACCCUAAAAAAUAGUGAGGGGGGGAUAAAAUAACUAACCUGUAAAAUAAAAUUAAACUUACCAUUCGACGUCUUCUUUUUUCUCAAAUCUUCUUUUUCAGCCCCAAAAAAGGCCAAAUAAAAAACCAUCAUAACCGUCGAAUUGAAAAUAAAAUAAAAAUCCCGAGCGCAAAAAAAAAACCCGUUGAAAAAAAAAAAACCCGAGCGCAAAAAAAGAAUCCAUCUUCACCCAUGGAGGGCUCCGCGCAGACUGAGCUCCGCAGAGCGGGGGAAGGCUUAUAAAGCCUUGCCCCGCCCUGCAAUUAGGCUAAGAACACUCUGAUUGGUGGGUUUUAGCCAAUCAGAGUGUUCUUUGUCAAAAGAACUUUCCCACGCUGUGUAAAAUUACAAAUAGCACUGUGAUUGGAUGGAUUUCAAGCCAUCCAAUCACAGUGCUCUGUGUCAUUUUACACAGCGUGGGAAAAUUCAAAAGAACUUUCCCACGCUGUGUAAAAUGACACAGAGCACUGUGAUUGGAUGGAUUUAUAAGCCUUCCCCCGCUCUGCGGAGCUCAGUCUGCGCGGAGCCCUCCAUGGGUGAAGAUGGAUUAUUUUUUUGCGCUCGGGAUUUUUAUUUUAUUUUCAAUUCGACGGUUAUGAUGGUUUUUUUAUUUGGCCUUUUUUGGGGCUGAAAAAAGAAGAUUUGAGAAAAAAGAAGACGUUGAAUGGUAAGUUUAAUUUUAUUUUACAGGUUAGUUAUUUUAUCCCCCCCUCACUAUUUUUUAGGGUGAGGGGGUAGGUAGGGACUUGUUUUUUUUUGGGUGGGGGGUGGGUGACUAGGGGCUUGGGGACCCCUAGUCACCUUGGGGGGGGGGUAAUUGACUUAGGGCCCCCACCCGCCGCCCAGGGGUGGGGGCCGGGGGGGGCAGUAGGUCCCCCCCCCAUUCUCAUUAUGGCCCCCACCCGCCGCCCAGGGGUGGGGGCCGGGGGGGGGGCAGUAGGUCCCCCCAUUCUCAUUAUGGCCCCCACCCGCCGCCCAGGGGUGGGGGCCGGGGGGGGGCAGUAGGUCCCCCCCCCUCAUUCUCACUAUGGCCCCCAGCCGCCGCCCAGGGGUGGGGGCGGGGGGGGCAGUAGGUCCCCCCCAUUCUCAUUAUGGCCCCCACCCGCCGCCCAGGGGUGGGGGCCGGGGGGGGCAGUAGGUCCCCCCCAUUCUCAUUAUGGCCCCCUCCCGCCGCCCAGGGGUGGGGGCCGGGGGGGGGGCAGUAGGUCCCCCCCCCUCAUUCUCACUAUGGCCCCCACCCGCCGCCCAGGGGUGGGGGCCGGGGGGGGAGGACAGUAGGUCCCCCCCCCCAUUCUCAUUAUGGCCCCCACCUGCCGCCCAGGGGUGGGGGCCGGGGGGGGGGUAUAGCGAGUAGGGGCAUUUGGGAGAUUUUAAUCUCCCUUGUGCUAUUAUGGGGGUCAUAUUGACCCCCAUAGAGUGAGAGGGGGACCUGGGGGGCUUAUGAAGUGGUGGGGAGCACUGCUCCCUGCCGCUUCUAUAGUUACAUAUUACAAGGAGGGAGCUGCGUGCCGGUAGCUCCCUCCUUGUAAUAAACUAAACGAACAAACAAACACCGAUACAUUGUGUUUGUUUGUUCGGCUGAUCUUUCUAUUCACUCAUUCGCCUGUCUGAUGAAUGAAUGAAUAGCUGAAAUUCCCGUUCGCAUGUCCAGGUGUUUCACUGGGCAUGUGCGGGAAUCUCACAGUCUGCCUAGUGUGGGCUGAUGACGUGUCCCACAGGGACUUCACCUACCCACACAAAGAUGGCGGCGCCCUGGAUAUAGAUCGGGGCAGAAAAUAAGGAUUAAAAAAUAGGUAAUGCUGGGGGCUUAGGGGCAUUUGGGGGUGACUAGUGAGUCAAUUGGAUGUAGUGGAGGCGGGAGAGGGGUUAAAAAAAAAAACAGAAUUCGGCAUGACAGUGCCGCUUUAAAUGGGAUUUUAUUUAAUCUUACAGUUAUAUUGUAUGUUUUUUGUAUGUUUACUAUAUUUGAACAAAUAAACUUGCUUUUCUAUUUUAUGUUUGUACUUCAUUUUCAUGUAAUAAUUACUAUUAAAAAAAGAAAGAAAAAAAAAAAGACUGAACAGGGCAAAUGUAAUUGUAAUUAAAGGGACACUAUAGUCACCAGAACAACUACAGCUUAUUGAAUUUGUUUUGGUGAAUAGUUACUAUCAGAGAAAAUGAAUUGUUUACAUUACAGCCUAGUGAUAACUUCACUGGCCACUUCUCAGAUAGCUGUUAGAGAUCCUUCCUGAGUCAUGGCUGCCUAAAAUGCAUCCAAACAUUCAGUGUCUUGGCAAGGGCUGUGUUUGAAUCAUGCUAUCUCUGCCCCUAAUCUGCCUCUUUGUCAGUCUCAGCCAAUCCUAUGGGGAUGCACUGUGAUUGGAUCAGGCUACCACUUCUGCUGAUGUCAGCAGACUGCUUGUGUUUUUUUUUUGUUUGUUUUUUUUAGGCAAACAGCAUGCAGAUCUACAGCUUCUGGCUUGAAUACAGUAAGAUUUUGCUAUAUUUGUGGAGGCACAAGGGGCCCAGGGGGGCUAGAUGGUGGUGUUAACACUAUAGGGUCAGGAAUACAUGUAUAGUGAUCCUUUAAUCAAUGAAAUACAAACAAACAAAUUGCACAGAUCAAAUGUUCCAUAAAAUAAAUAAUUUACAAAUAAGUGAUUUAGAAUUUUAGUGGCUGUAAAUAUUUCUACAUUAGUAUAUUUAGUGUGUAUAUUAAUUUACCCCCAAACUAUAACAAUGGUUUAUUUCUCAUUUUUACAUGGUGUUUUUAACAUUUUUUCUUUUUUUUUUUAAAGGUUUGUUCUCAUAGAUCCAUUUGCUAUCUAAUUAUAUGAAAAGUGGCAGACAAGACUUAAUAAACUUACCUUGAGAUGUAAUCAAGUUAUAUAGCUUUGUGUCUUUUAUCACCAGCAAACAAAGAAAAUAGCAAGGAAAGGGUACAAGCCGUUCUAAUGCAUAAAUCUGCUAAAAUUAAAAUUACAUUUGCUUGUCCAGACUCUCUCUUAGACAUUUGCUUUAUGGGAGGGGGAGGAAAGGUUUAUUAUCUGUGAACAAUGUAAGGGUAUUCAACUAAAAUAUAUUUCAUGGGGCUUUGGAUCCAAAAAAUGCUACUGUAUAUAGAAAUUCUAUCCGUUUCCUCUCUCCUAAAUAUUCUGUUUCACUAUGAAAUAUGUCUGAAGUUUACAAAUGCUUGUCAACCCAUGAGCCAGAUGAAAGGUAGUUCAUGAUUAACCUAUUGAUCUAAAAAUAGUUGAAGAUCCUGCUCCUGAACGUGCUGUUAAGAAUACACAGUGCCUAACAAGAGAUGGAUGUUUAUUAGGCCUCCUAGUUAGACACUGCGUGGUUAUAUGGAAAAUGAGAUAAUAAGGGGAGGAUACAAAGGGACCCUGGAGUGUUCCUGUAAAACUCUAUCUUUAUCUGAUUUUAAUUUUUAUCCAUUUAUGUAUGCAACUUUUCUAACAGUGCUGUGAUGGUCCUUGUAUAUAAUUUACUUAAGAAUCUACUUGCUGUUUGUCGUAGAAGCUCUUUGAUACUAGUUAGGCAUUCUACAGAAAAAUAAAUACCUUUUUUAUAAACGCGAUUAAGUUCUAGUUGAACAAUUUCCAUAAAUGUUCUAAUUUCUUAUUUUAAUUUCUCUGAAAAGUUCAGGUUUUACUAAUAAAUUCAUUGUUAGGCAGUCCACAUAUUUUUCUGUUUUCUUAGUUUAAUGCACAGGGGUUUAAAGAAACACUCCAAGCUUUAUUACCAUCUGCAGUUUGAUUGAUUAAGCCAUUUUUAGAACACUUUGACUUCUUACUUGAAUUUUCCCAGGUGCCACUCCUGGUCAUAGGACCUGCAGUUUGUAUGUGCAGUGUUUCAACAUACGGAGUUUUACACCUCUUGCUGUUAGAGGUGUAACUCCAUCUCCUGCAGUAUCAUUGGGAUGUCAUUAGCCUGUCUGGUACAAGAUGUCUUGAAUGGCAAAUGUCAUUUUCUGUGCAUAUUUCUAUGGGCAAAGUUACAUUCAUUGGCUGAGUGUGGUCAGCUAACACGCUAAGCCAAUGAAUGGCAACUGGAUCGGUUUCUUAUUUCUGCAGCUCUAAAGAGGUCAGAAGUGUGUGACAGAGCAGGAGAAGCGCCUCAGAGCCAGACAGGAACGCAGGUAAGGGGGCAAACUCUUACCAAGUAACUGGGCCAGGGUACUGCUGGUAUCAUAACCAAUACAAUGGGUACUAUAGGCACCCAGACCACUUCAUCUUUUUGAUAUGGUCUGGGUGCAGUGUCCCUGUCCUCUAAACCCUGCAAUGUAAAACAAUGCAGUUUCAGAAAAACUGCAAUGUUUACAUUGCAGGGUUAAGUCAACCUCUAGUGCAGGGGUAGGCAAUCUUCGACACUUCAGAUGUUGGACUUCAUCUCCCAUACUGCUGUUAUAUCCAUAAUGCUGGCAAAGCAUCAGGGGAGAUGUAGUCCACAACAUCUGGAGUGCUGAAGGUUGCCUAACUUAGGGACUUAAGGGACACUAUUGCGUUAGGAGUACAUUUUUGAUGAAAGAAUUGGAUUGGCAAAGAUCGUCAAUUCUGAUGAUCUCAGCCAAGGAGGUGGGACAUGGGUGCAGCCAAACACUGCUCUGGCCAAUCCACAUCUCCUCAUAGAGAUGCAUUGAAUCAGUAAAUCUCUAAGGCAAGUUCAGCGUCUCCACGUGGAGCGUCUGAGUGACUGCCACUGGAGGUAUUCCUAGGCAGCAUGUUGACCCUGCCUUUUCUCUGAAAAUUAAUGUAAAAUAAGCCUUAGGAUUUUUUCUGUAGUGGCCUGUAAGCGUAAUAAUUUUGUCCAGAAAUAAAUAUACAAAUUUUCUUCAAUUUAUUUAUUUCUUCAAUUGUGUUAACAUUUACUAUUGAUGUCUCAAAAUAAAAUGAUCAGUUUCCCCAUCCAGCUGCUUGUUUGACAUAAUGUGAAAAGACUUGCCAGUUUUUCAAAAUAUAAAAGGAAACAAAUCACAAAAUGGCCUACUCCUUUAUUGUGUUCUAUAGAUAAUGCAUUAAAAAAAAUAUUCAAAAUCUGAACAGCUCCAAGAUACUUGGCGCUACUAAUUGGAAUAUAGGCAUAAGCACCUUCAAAUGAAAAACCUACUUUUGCCCUAUAGAUUUCCUUUUUCUGUGAACAAAUUUAAAAAGCAGCAAAUGAUGAGACCCUACAGCAGCAUUGAUAUUUGAGUACUGAUUGAGGGGAAAACAAAGCCUGAUAUAGGCAGACGAUUCCUUUAUAUUUUCUGAUUGUUGGAUAAGGCAGAUGAACUAUAUUUUAAGCGGCACUGUCACGUUAAACUUUCCUUUCUUCUAUUGUUUCCUUUUAUUUUCCUCUCUCAGAAUCUGUUCUUUUUUUUAAUUUUUAUUUAUCUAUGGUCUGAUUUAGUUUUCUUUUAAACAUAAGAGCAAGUAGGGUCAACAUUGUAUUUUUCCUACGCUUGACUUUCUUUGACCAAAUGAGGAGCUUAAUUCAGAUUCAUUUCCUGUGUCAGGGAGGAGGGUGAGUACUUUAUCUAACACAGGAAAUGGAGUUGACUCCAGCUCCUCCUUUGGUCAAAGUCAAGCGUAGGAAAAAUACAUGAGAUAAAGUAGUCCCUACUUUGUCUUAUGUUUUGAAGAAAACUAAACCAGAAAUCAAGAAAACAAGACCAGAUUCUGAGAGAGGAAGAGAAGAGGAAACAAUAGGAGAAAGGUAAGAUUGCGUGGCGCUUUUGAAGAGCCUCUUUGGUUUCCCAUAUGUUGUGCAGGUCUACUUUUGGGUGAACCUUUUAUAUGUCUGGUAGGCAAUAAUUCGCAUAAAUAACUUAGACCACACAAUAAACACAGACACAGUUCAUUUUAUUUCAAUGGGCUUGGCCGUGGUGUUUAUUAAAGCUUUUAAAAUACCACCAGUAACUUGAUAACGGUAACAUAUUCAGGUAAACUUUUCACUUAACUUCAACUGUUACUUUCACCAUCACUUAGUGCCAGUCAGUCAUAACUAACCUGGCCGUCUUAUAAAUACAACCAUUUAACACAUAUCCUUCAUCAGAACUUGAACCUGAGGAUGACUUUUGCCCCAAGCUUCCAACACCACGACAUUACAUAUAAACAAAUAUAACAAUUAGUGGGAGGGAGGGUGGGAGUCCGUAGGUGCUAUUCCCAUCCUGUAGAAAAGACAGCUGACAGGGAUUGACUUGCACUGUCACCUUUUAUACUUACCUGGUUUCCCGCUCUUUUUCUGGGUCACUGACAGCAACCAAUCAUCAGCCAGUUCUUGUCCCCAGCAACAGCUGUGUCACCUAAUCUGCCCAGCUACUUGUCCCACUCUGCCCAACUUGAUGAUCAGGGGUCAUGAACUUACACUGACCUAUUAACCCUCUAUUGCCACCAUACAUAUAUGCCACAGUGCUUAGUGCCUGUGGCCUCUUUUUAGCCAUCAACAUGCUAGUUUCUGAUUAGCUGAUUGGAAGAAUACAGUGAAUGUUGGUCUGGAAGUCAAUGGUUGACUUCUUUAAGGUUUAACAUAUGACUACAAAGUUGACUUGUAUUUGAAUAAAUAAUUUAAAAUAUGUAUUUUACCACCUAUAUCUGUAUGGCUUGAAUGUUGAAUAAUUACUGUCUGGAUAGGAAGCAAAAAACAUGAAUAUAUAUUUAUUCUGUUUGGAAUUUCAUUAUUUUCUAUAGAUCUUGCUAACAUUUAAAAUGUUUUAUUGACAGUUUAUACACACUGCUGCUUUGUAGCUUGCAUUUAUCACAUUGGUAGCAAGCGCACUCCAUCAGAACAUAGAAACUUUCUUCUACAAGUCUGGGCAAGUUUGGGAUCCAGUGCCCGAAAAGUACUUGGUGAUUUAGCACCUUCUGAUGUGAAAUUAGAUUUAGGAACAUAGUGUUUUUCAAAUAAUCUAUUAAAAAUAAUUAUAAUCAACUACUGCAAAGUAACAUGUAUAUGUUUUUUUUAACAUUUUUUUUUUUAAUAUUAGAUUUUGAUGCUCUGAGAAGUGUGUGAAAAUGGGGGAUAUUUUGGCGUAUGAGGCGGAUAUACUUGGUUUAGUGAAAGAGGUAAGAGCCUAAUUUAAUUUUAUAAAUGUUAAUUGUGCACUAUAUAUAUGUUUUUUUGUUUUUUUAUAUACUUCUCAUUUAAAACAGGUUGAUGUUCUCCAUUUGCUAUUAUUGCUCUCAUAAAUGGCCCAUUUUUUUUUCUUUUUCUGUACCACAUACUUUUGUGGAUGUAGUUAGUUGAAUAAGGGUGCAUGCGAAUUUGCUUAAUGCAAAUAUUUUUGAUUGAAAUAGAGAUCCACUACAUUUUUCCCAUGACCUGCAAAGGGCCCCUCAAACUCCGUCAAACUCUUGCUUCUAUUCUACAGAUUAUGCUUACACGGCUCCUCUGGUGGAUAUAUUUACACUUCUACAUCCCUGUGUGAGUCUAAUUAGUCUCAAUUAAGUUGUGCUCAACUACACUUGGGCAAACGGCCAGGAUAGGACAAGGGAGGAAAGUGAAUUUGCAAUGUUUCUAUAGAUAAUGUAUUAAAUACCAAACUCUCUCAGUAGCAUGGCUGCUGUACAUUCUACAGUAUGGAACAUCAGAUUUUGUUGAUUAGUUUGUUGCUUUUUCCUCAGUUCUUAAACUUCGGUGAGUUCCAGGAGACACUGAAAAGUUUUUCAAACGAGUGUAAGUCGAAAGGGAAACCUCUACCUAGAAGCUCUGGAUCUGCUGUAAGGGACUCAAAGACUUUGCUCGUACAGGUAAUGUUAAAGGGAGCUUGAAAGAUAUACCCAUGAGAGAUCUAUGUAUAGGAGUAAAAAGCAAUGUAACACUGUUUGAGUAUGGUCUGAUAUGACCAUAAUAUUAAGGUUGUUUCGCCCCCCCCUCCCCCUAAACUCCCCUGCUAUUCAAUGGUAUUAUUUUUUACAUUUUUUUUAUCUUCUAUGAAUUCAUUAAGUCCAAUCAGAAUUGGUCAUAGGCCACAAGUAUAUGCCAAUCUAUUUUAAAAAAUAAUAGAUGUAAUACAUUGACAGGGUCGUGGGGCUUGUUCGCUAAAAAUUAAUUUGGGGGUGAAUUGACAAUUAGCUGUUAGUAAACAUUUUAUCUAAAAGAAAAAAAAUCUUAAUGUAUAACUCUUUUUCUUGGCUUGUCUAAAAUGCUCAUGUUUUUUUCAAUACUUUUAUGGGUAGGGGAUAAAACCAAAUUAAAUGAUUGGGCCUUUACACUAGUUUGCUGUCUGGAAGCCGUAUUCUUUCUUUUGGUGAUUGACAGUUUGAGUGCUGUGUGAGCCUGAUGGAGUUAAAGAUUUAGUAAUGCUGACUCUGAUGCAGAUAGAUGUGCAAUGUGUGGAAUGCUAACACUGGGGGAUGCAUUUGUGGUAGCAACCAACAACGCCCUGUCUGGGUUAGAGAUCUGUUCUUCACCUUGCUUAGUCACCUCCUGCAGACUGGGUGUUGAAUGGCCGGAAAUAUCUUGUCUGUCAGGAUAUAUUGCUUAAUUCUUCUUCUUUCAAGGCCAGACAGGGUAAAUCAGGAUAAGGUCAUCCUUUCUAUCCCAGAACCGUUCGUGAUCCUUCAAUUAUAUAGGUUUUACAGGAAAUCAUAGGAAUACACCCCUUCUAAAUAUAUAGAAUCACUUUACACUGAGGUGUCAUUACUGUACUAUACUAUUACACUUCCAAUGCUUUUGUAGUCCAUGAAUCCCAUUAUAAUGCUACAUCUCUUUUUCUGCUGUUAUGUUGUACAUUAGACUGCAACAUAAGUAGACAAAAAAUAAUAUUGGGGGGAGGCAUGUGAAUACAUGAAUACUCAAUGGAUAUUAUAUUCUUAGGAGUAGGGUGUGAGAGCUUAAAUACAGUACAGAUGGUAGGCUGCUGGUGUUUAAAAGCAACUGUUCUGUACAGUGAAUGUCUGUGACUCUUGUUAUAGAUCAUCAGUCCCUGUUCUUGUCUGUCCUAGUAUAACUCUUGAUCUAAAGGAGGGGUGCCCAAAAGGUAGAUCUCCAGAUGCUUUAAAACCACAACUUCAAUGUUGCUUUGUCAUUUAAAAGGAAUGCAAAGCAUCAUGGGAGUUGUGGUUCUACAACAUCAGGGGAUCUACCUUUUGGGCACCCCUCAGCUAAAGUAACGUUUUGACAGAUACUCCAUUGAAAUAAAUUAUAAUAAUAAAGGCUGCAUUGCAUCUCAGAUGUUAUUAAUUAAUAUUAUACCAAGUUAGGUUGCGAAAACGUUUGGUACCUUAACCGCUACAAAUCUGAACAUUGUCCUGUGUCAAGUAGAAUUCGAUUAGAAUUCAGCAGAUUACCCUCAGUGUUCAGGGCAAUAUUAUUGUCUGGAAUAAGACAUGUCAUGCACCCCAUAGAAUAUAAUGGAGAAGAGAAACAGAUAGCUAACAUUAUUUUAUAGCCAUAUUACUUUAUAAAACAAAUCUAGGAAUAAGUUUGGCUCUAACUUGAAGGUCUUAUACAUUGCAAUCCACCUUCUCUUAAAAGAAAUACUUCAGUAAUACGAGAUCCAUAAAGUGCUUUUCGGUAAAAGAGAAACAAAUUGCAUGGUAUUCAAAUGCAAUGUUAAGUGAUAUGUUACCAUCGUCACGUGCAGACCAACGGUUUCAAGAAUAACCUUUAAACCCCCAAUACAUUAAAGGAAAAAAAAAAGACAUACUGGUGAAUUUGAAAAUACAUUGCAUAAGAACCUGAAACCAGUCUCAAAAGUUAUUUGUUAUGUCUUUAUUGCAAGACAAUAUGGUAUAAUGAUCCAGGUUACUGGGUACAGACACGUUAAAAGAUUUCUUGUAUUUCACAGAAGGAUCUCCUUGCCACGUUUGAAGAUGGAGAUAGGAAAAGCUUCUUUGAGCUUUGGGAGGAGCACAUCCCUGCUGAGACGCGGAAUAAUGAACCUCUUUCUCAGAAACUGGAGUUUUACCUGCACAUUCACUUUGCCAUCUUUCCCUUGAAACACAGUGUUGGACAAAUUGUAUGUAUUCUCCUUCCUGCUGUAUUAGAUUAUACGUUAGAUUAUUAGGUUGUAAUCAUAGUAUGCAAUAAUGUUGGUUAUUGAUGAUCAGAGCUCAUAAUAAUAUUAGUCUGGUAGACAAUUGACCGGCAUUGUCAAAAAUGUCAAUUUAUUUUUUUCAUUUUUAAAUGUAUUUAUUUUUAAAGUUUUUAUUUU